AUGCAAGAAAGACUUGAAGGUGUUUCUGAAAGUGAUGCUCUUCAAAAACAAGUGGGAGAUAGUACAGAAAAAGAAAAUCCUAGCCAAAAUAUUGAGGAAGCUGAGCAAAAAUCGAAUCCCAAUGAUCAGAAGGGUAAUGAAGUUUCUGCAUCAGGUAAAGGAAAAGCGAAAGUUUUUGAAGAUGAUGAAGACAAAGAAGAGCUAUCUGAAGAGUUAGAAGCGAAGGAGGCUAAAGCUAGAAUUGUGAAAGUCACCCUUGAAACUCAGAAGUCGCUUUUUCUACCUUGGACUAUGGAAAGAAUUCACAAUGAAGCUGUUAAUAAUCCAAACACUCACUGUUUGGAUCCAUCAUUAUCUUUCAAUCUAAAUAAUACUAUCGAUUUUCAACUUGAUUUUCUGAUCACUCCCAAGGCUUUUUUGAUCCAAUGCUUUGAGAAGAUUGAGAAAGCUCCACUCUCGAACUAUGUUGUCAAUCAUAUGCUCUUCUAUUUCUAUCUUAAGUAUGGAAAGCCUCAAUAUCAGACUUGGAGUUCGUAG